UCCAAAAAAUCGUACUGAUAGUUUUUUUCGACAGCUUGAUACAUUCCAUUCCCUACAGCUAACAAGCUUUUGACAUGAUCACCCAUCUCGUUAUUAAUCAUCAACUACAACUCUGGCCAGAUGUCUACUAAAAUGCCGAGUUCUUUCGUCCAAUUGCUUGAGAUCGUCAUACAAACUCGCUAACCGCGUACUGACAGAACGCCACGACAACUAAUCGGAUGAGCUAUAUUGUACGUCACAACUUAGUGAGUAUGCUGUCGAAUGGGUAACUAAAACAUAAGUAACUUGUUCAAAGGUUUUUGUCGAUGUAGAAAUUUGAAUACAGUACUUUUGAAGCGUGUAUUCAACAAAACUCAAAGUCUAUUCGGUCCUUGGGGCAGCAGAAUUGACCAUCGAAGGAUCGAUCGGAGGAAAGAUAAGUUACUAAAAUCAUUUUGUCCUCUUUUCCUUCGUUCAGAAUCAAACCGAACUAAUCUCAUUUUUGAUAUAUACAGCAAAAACAGUGUCAGUUUAUUAAUUUAAGAAUCAAUGAGAUCUAAAAUAUUUUUGUUUUUCCACUAAUUUAAGAUCGAAUCAGAGGAAAAAUAGCUAGCUCAUUGCAUGAUAUAGUUGAUUAAAAAAUGAGUUGGAUUAAGUUUUCGGAAUAAUUCGCGCUAUAGGCAUAUAGGAUUACAUUAAGAAACUUUUCUUUUAUAUAUAGGAAGUUGAGUUGGAUAAAGCAUUAAGAGAUGCACUAAGAUUGAACAGAAUUCAAUUUGUUCAAUUAUUGAUCGAAUAUGGUGCAUCGUUUGAUCGUUUAAGACAAUUGAUAGACAUAAAUAAACUUUAUAAAAAUGUCGUGAGUUACAUUUAUCAAUAUACAUCCAUCCAUCUCUUUUCCAAUCAACUGAAAUAUAUUUGAAGGGAAAGACAACGUUUUUACCAUUUUCAAAAUCUAUACUACACGAACGAGAAAUUCAAGUUAAUAAUUCAAUAAAUGAUCGACUUGAUUAUUACAAAACUUAUUUUAAUGUAGACACGACUAUUCAUGAACUAAAAGUAAAAGCGAACGGUUCGAGAAAUGUGAACAUUUAAAAUUUAAACAUUUUUUUCUUUUUAGAAUUAUCAUGAAAUUGAUUCAGGUCAGAAUUACGGAAUAUUAGAUGAUGGUAAAAAUAUAAAAUGUGAUUUAAUUGGUCAUGUUAUAUUCAGUUCUGUUGAUAUGAUCAGAACAAAUGGUUUCAUUUCAAAUAUUUCAAUUAAUGUUUAUAGAUUAUCCAAUAUGACCACUACUACUUCUAUUAACAGUGAUCUUAUACUCUAUAUCGUUUCACCUACAAAUGAAUCAACAUUGUUUUCAAUAAUAGCACAAUUUCAUAUUCCAUUUGUAUUGUCAACAAAUGGUAUACAAAAUAUUCCAGUAGUUGAAUUAAUAUUUAUUGCUAAUGGACAGUAUUUAGCAAUUGGUUUUGAUAAUAAUUAUACGAGUUGUUCAUUUAAUUUUGAAGAACGUAAUCAAUAUUCGGCUAAUUUAGAUGACGUUAAUCAAGGAUUUAAACAACAAAAAAAAGUUCAGUUUUUAUAUGAAACUAAUAAAAGUGUUGCAUUUAGUUUUAACAUUGUACAAUCACCAGAAUUUUUACGUGAUCUAUUUCUAUGGUCAAUAUUUGUUAGCCGUUACAAUAUGGCAAAAUGUUUAUGUUCUUACACUUCAGUAUGUACAAUACAGCGUUAUACAGUACUCCACAAAAGUAGCGACCUCCCUGUAACUCAAGAAUCAUGA